AUGUGUAUGGGGGUAUUAAAGGACAUAUUUGGAGUUUAUCAAAAUGUGACAGCUAUGCGUGCGAUGAAUGAUUUACUUAUUGAUCAUGUUAAAUCAUUGAAAAAUGUUGAUGUAAUCGUAGGAUUGGAUUCACGUGGUUUUCUUUUAGGACCAAUAUUAAGUACUGAGCUCGGAAAACCUUUUGUUCCUAUCAGAAAGAAAGGAAAAUUACCAGGAAAUAUUAAACGCGAGAGUUAUACUUUAGAGUAUGGUGAGGCUACAGUUGAAAUCCAAACAGACAGUAUAAGUAAAGGAAAAAAAGUAUUAAUUGUUGAUGAUCUACUAGCGACUGGAGUCAUUGGUUUGAAGAAAGCAGCUAAAAAAACAUUAAAAUUAACUUGA